AUGGAAGAGAUACGUGAGGCUGCCUUAGCUUAUUAUGAAGCUGGUACAGAUGAGCUUAAGCAGACGGCUGUAGCAAUGUUUAGGAGCAUGGAUGUGGAUGGAAAUGGGUGGAUAAGUAUCACAGAAUUUGAGAAUUUUCUGAAAAAGAAUAGGUACAGUGUUCAUUAUGAUCGGAAAUUGUUCUUCGAAAUCGAUAGGGACCGAAACAACUUUCUUGAUUUUGAGGAAGUUAUAAUCUUCUUCUACAUGACCCAAACUAAGAAAGUAUUGUGUGACGGUUGUAGAUCCCUUAUUAAGGGCACAUAUUUCAUUUGCAGUGAUUGCUUUUGCAAAACAAACAAUAAUGGCUAUGAUCUUUGCUGCGCCUGUUACCGCAGCAAGAAAUUUGGACAAGGCCAUGGACCCUUUGUGGAUAAUUAUUCAAUUCUACUUUCAAUACGAAACCUAUUGCAACAGCAGCAGCAGGAGCAGCAGCAGCAGCAAGCACAAGUAGUGCAACAAAGAGAAGUUAGCAGCAGCCGGACAAACAAGGUGAGAUUCAUAAACUAUGGCCUGUCUGUUGGUUAUUACAGUUACCCUUUUAAAAUCUGUUCUCUGUCUCCUGGAAAAAUUGGCAAUGGAAAUUUGGAUUUUGGUCAAUUAGAUUGUAAUUAUGAGAUCACGGUGGUUGUGUCCACCUCAUUUUAUUGUUGA